AUGGGUAAUGAUGGAGGUUCCAUUCCUACUCGGCGCGAACUCGUCAAGAACGCGGCCCGCGCCCUCAAUACCACCGAAUUAAAAGCUACUCAGCAAGAAGCACAAACACACGCCUGGACUUGGUGCCCACUCUCCAACCGUCCUCUCAAUGUACCCAUAGUCUCGGACUGCGCCGGGAUACUCUACAACAAAGAUGCGAUCAUCGAACAGCUGCUACCCAAAGACCCAGAUACACCCGCCACGGUCAUCAAGGAGAAAGAAGAUGUCUUGCAAGGACGAGUGAAGGGCUUGAGAGACGUGGUUGAGAUCAAGUUCAAUGUGGCAAAGGAGAACAAGGAGGAUAAGUGGAUAUGCCCAGUAACAAGCAAGGAGUUGGGACCGAAUACCAAGUCUGUUUAUUUGGUGCCUUGUGGACAUGCCUUCUCGGAGGCAGCGAUCAAGGAAGUCAAGGGCGAUGUUUGCGUGGAGUGCAACGGAGCUUACAAGGAAAGCGACAUCAUCCCGAUCAUACCGCUCGCCAAAGAAGAUAUUGCCAAGUUAGAAGAGAGGAUGGUGAAGUUGAAGGAGGCGGGGUUGACGCAUACGCUGAAGAAGGCGCCGGGGAGCAAGAAGAGGAAGAAGGGAGAAGCAGCUGCGGACACCAAGGAGGUUUCUCACAAACCUGCCCCGUCGUCUGGGAUCAAGAAUUCAGCCACCGCUUCUCUGACUCAGAAAGUGCUCGACGAGCAAGAAGAACGGAACAAGAGGCGCAAGAUGGGGUUGAACGAAAACCUCAAAAGCCUGUUCUCCAAUACAGGAUACAGUGCCCAGACUCACAAAAGCGGCGAUUUUAUGACCAGAGGAUUCUCAAUACCCAAGAAAAACUAA